CCGACUUUAAAGGCGCCAUUUACUUAUUUUGUAAAUAUUCAAGUCAUGGAUAUUUUUUUGUAAAUAAAAAGGUACCCGAAUUUUUUUUAGUUAUUUUACACAGCAUACUUCUUGCAAUUACAUCUAAUGUAAUGAAAUGUUAGGUUAUUAUUUUUUUAAAAUAUGACAAUCAUUCAACAAAAACAAGUGAAAACGGAAUUAAUUCGAAAUAUCAAUAAACAAAAGGCACAAAAAAAAUCAUCAAAUUGACAUAUAAAAAUGCCAUGGAAAUAAGUUUUGUCCUGUUGUAUACUUGAGUGAGUUAAAUUUAAAUUAUAGUAGUUAUGUUAUUAUGCCUUAUAAUAAUUAUUUUCACCUCAGCUUUUUGUAGUUAAAAAUACAGGAGUACUAAAACAGUGAGGUGUCUGUAGAGUUCUUUAGUAUUAGAUCAUUAAUAUUUUUAAUUGUAGGCCCUAAUUGGAUGUUUGGUUUUGUGUUUUGGACACAUGCAACUGGAAAGAUGCUCUGUCUAAGUAGUCUAAGUUUUUCUAGUAAGUAGGCACUUGGAUACAAAAUUUUAAAAAAUUCAAAUAAUUUUUUUAAUAGCACAGUUAGUUAGAGCUAAUUUCAAAUAAAAAAAUGAAACCAGAAUCAACUUUUUAGCUUAAGUACUUUUUGAGCUAUGAAUUUUUAAAGUGUGAGUUCGUUUGGUAUUUUUUACUAUGGACGAAACCUCCACAUCUUGUGACCUCAUUCCGCUGAUCGCGUCAUGCGCAAUGACUAUAUACUUUAUAUAAGGCAACGCAUCGCCUUAUCACUAAAAUACUGUUUAGGGUCGACUUAGUUUAAACUUUCAACUUUGGCACAUGAAUAAUUAAUUAAAGCUUUCCCUGACCAAUGGUUUAAUAGUUUUUGCACACGGCAAACUCUUAUGAAUGAAACUCUGAGGUAGUACUACGACACAGUUAUGCAAGUGGCUGUGAAUGGUUGCCAAUGACAACGUGUUGCACACGGUAAAUUCUGAUCAUUUAUAAUAUGGAUUCUACCGGGUUGUUAAAGCUCAAAUUAAAACAUUCCAGUUUAAAUGUCUUUAAAUGCAUUCUGAAACACAAGUUAUCAAUUAUUUUGAUGUAAAUAGUGAUAAUAAAUUAAUAUUUCCUAAGUAUCGUCAACUUCCGCCAUUAAAAAGGGGGGCGUGGCCAACCCCAUGGCGAAAUUAGGUUGAGCGAGCUGCAUGACCUGCUGCGAACGCGCAGAAACAUAGCGUCUCUCGUAAGACACUUAUCGCUGUGAAAAUUGGCAUACAUGUAGAUCAAUAGAUUCCCCAGAUGCAAAAAAAAUUUGGUAGUGACAAAUUUUUUCCUUCGACUUAAUUUUAAUGAUGAAAGUUGCCUUAUAUUUACCAAGGAUUUUCUCAAAGCUGACUGAUUGUAAAUGAAAAAGAAAUUGAUUAAAAUGUAGGCCAAGAUGUCUACCUAAUUAUAAGGCCGAAAACGGAACUCAAAUACAUAUCGAAAGUACUAAUUUAAUAAUAAAUAGACACACACAUCGGAAAAUUAAAAACUCGGAUUUUUUGGCGCCGAUUGCGAAAUCCCAUACACAAAAAGUAGUAGUCUCCCUUGACUUACCGAAGUACCUAUAGUAAGUUAAGUAAGACUAAACAAAUAUGACACUCACACUAACAAAAAUCCCUUCAGCUUCACUUGAAUUUGAAUUACUAUUUUAAACAAUAUGAAUUAUUUGUAAAACAAAACCCUAUUCAUCACAAAUAUCUAAGUCUAAUAAUAAUAAUAGUAUUAAUUAUUAAUAUCAGCUCAGUCAGGGCAAAUUCUUUCCCUCAAAGUAUGGGCCAGUACUGAAAUAUAUAAAAUAUAAAAAUUCAUUUCAUACAAAUUUACCGGGACUGUUAAAAAAUCCGAAGUGUCUACACGUCCGGCGCACCGGACAAAUAGUGCGGGAGAUGUCAUGUGACCGCCGGACAACUGUUAAAGCGUUAUUAUUCCGGCAGGUGAUAUGACAAGUGGUUGCCGUCAAAACAGUUGCAUUGCAUUUGAUAUUCCAAUAUUGUGUACAUAUGUUAGUCAGCCGAUCCCUAGAUAAUAAAUAAAUGCUCAACAUGUUAAUAUAUUCAAAUGCUCUGAGAUACAUAAAGUGUUUGACUUUGAAUAUUAAACCGGUCGGCCUAAAUACUAACUAUUAGUAGGCCUACUAUUACUACUACUAUUACUAAUCUAUUUGAUUCAGACUCUUCAAAGAAAAAAGUCCCUUGGUUAAACAUCUUGUAGAGCUCUACCUUGAAGCCUAAAUUUAAAAUAUGAACCAAAUAAAAUAAAACCUAUGUCAAUAUCGUUGUAUUUCAGGAUUAGUAUUUAGUAUUGCAUGAGAAGUUAGCUAAGCUACCACUAUAUCGGCCCUAUAUUAAGAUGUAGUGUUUAUUUCUUUGUGUACUAUCGGCCUCUUAAUUAUUUAUCACCCGCACUAUUACUUGGUUAUGGCGGUCAUGUGACCUGGUUGCCGGACGAAUAUCUCAUUAAAGUAUUUUUCCGGCGGUCAAGUGACCUGGUCGCCGCACAAAUAGUGAGGGAGAUAUAUGUCAGACGUUUAGACACUGCCUAAAAAAUGUGUAGAGUAGCCAGACUUAAUUGAAAAGUAAGGAUAAAAUUAUAAAACAAAAUCUUUAGAUUUAUUUUUUUACAAUCACUUCAUAUCUCUGGAUUAAUACUCACAUACAUAUUGUUAACUGUAUAUGUAUCUGUAUAUCAUCAACAGAACAACUAUGACUUACUUGGCAUCAUCAGGAGAUGAAGCCAAGAUCUGGGAUGCACCAACUUUUUCUCUUGUAGAGCAAUUUAAUGCACAUGAUGGACCCAUAAAUGACAUUUCUUGGAGUCAUGAUGGUUAGGAAGCUGUUCACUGCAAUUUUGUUGUUCAUUAUGUACUUACACUUACAGUUUUACAGUGUCAAUCAAUGAAAUUAUUAAGUUCUGGAGAACAAAAUGCUAGAUGAUAACAUAGUUUCUAGUAAGAGCAGAAACAUUUGUUGAAAGAUACUUUAAAAUACUUUCAUAUUUCUCAGAAAUAAAGUUGAUGCAUAGUUUUUUUUUAUCUUAGCCUGGCUCAUGAAUUUUUCAAGGUUGUUUAAUAUUUUUUGAUCAUAGGAAAUUAUCUUGCAACAUGCUGCAUCACUGACAAGAAAGUUAACCUACGACUAACUAAGGGAACUCGUUCAAUUCCAGCACAUACUGUCAAUUUGCCAGUAAGAUAUUUUUUAAUGACAUUGAAAUCAUUAAAUUGUUCUUGUAUUUUCCUUACUUAUAUAAUCCUUUCUGAAUCACUUUACUAUUAGUUAGUUGGUGGGAUCAGCCUACACCAAGUGUAGGAAGCUAGAUGGUAGGAUCUUACCAGCACAACUAGGGACGAUGGACCCUACUUUGGGAAAGACUGUAAAUUAUUACUUGAAAUCUUAGCUUCAGUCUAUAACAUGAGAUGAAAUUUAUUUUAUGGAAAGAAAAAAAAAAUACUGUAAAUUGGUUUUCUUUCACAGACUGGCUGUUCAUGCCUAGAUUUUAACUCUUACUCCAGAUUUUUACUGUGUGGGUGUGUAGAUGGAGCUAUUCACAUUUGGGAUCUUAAAACACAGACCCUAAAAAAGACUUAUUCGGUGAGUAUAUAUUUUUAAGAGUUCUUUAUUAUAUUAAAUUUUAACCUUGGUUUAUAUUUUUAUUUGUAAAAUCUCUCAAGUUUUCUUUCUAAACUUGGGUAAAGUGUUAUUUUCUGUUUUUCUAUAUUUUGAAUUAUAACCAAUUUGUAGAAAUAAUUUUGAGCGAUCUUAUAUCAUCAUUAAGAUCCAGCAGCUAUAGUGAAGAAUUUACACACUCUCCAAUGCUGUUCUUUGUUGGUACAAAGGGUGUAGUCUGGUAUUUUUUGGUAGAUGGUUUAGGCUUAACUCUUGAAGUGCUAUGCAGUUUUACUGUCUCAUUUGAAUGUUUACUGAGGGGCACAUUGGUGUUUUAUCUUGUUUUAUGCACUAAACGUGGGAGUUAAAUUGUAUGUGUCCCUUGUGCAUGAAAUCUUAGAAUUGUUAUAUAUUGAAAGGUUAGUCCUACUAAAAAAAUCGUUGAAAGAAUUAAAUACUCAAAAACAGCGUUACUACAGAAUUUAUUCUUUUUGUUAAAAUGCAUAUCCUAUUAUCCUUGUUUAAUGUUCUAGUAAAAAAAUUAAUCUCACAUUUAAAUUAAUUAUAGAAAAACAAGUACCCAGUCACAGCGGCACGAUGGAAUUGGAAUGAUACCUACAUUGCCCUUGCUUCUGAAAAUGGAGAGAUAAUUCUGUUAAAUGUUGUGACAAGCCAAGUCAGUAGCCCAUUGACCACACCUUCAAAUCAGGUAGUUCAGCUCUUGGUCCUACACUGACCACAUUCAAAUCAGGUAGUUCAGUCUUUAGUUAACAAUUGACCACACCUUCAAAUUUUUAAGUACAUACAAAUAUUGUAAAAACAAAUUUGUUUUUCAGAAUCUACCAUCAUUGCUCCGUUUGCUAAUGUAUAUUUUUUCACUUUUCUAUAUGUUAACUAGUAACCACAGUUUUAUGUCCAGUCUGUUUAAAAAAAUUUCUGCAUUCAGGCAAUAAAUCAGAUGAAGUAUAAUCCUUACCGCAAAGCUUCCCUGGUAACAACAUCCAAUGAUGGAGUUGUUAACUUUUGGGACACCAACACAAGACGCUUGCUUCAUUCUUUCACCAAUACACACCAGGCACCCGCGAAAGAUUUAGCUUUCUCACCCAUCAAUGACUUCCUGAUGGUCAGUGUGGGUCUUGACAAGAGGGCAGUGUUUUAUGAUGUACAAAACAAAUCGUAAGCAACUUAUUUUAAUAAUAAAGAGGGUGACGCUCAAUAAAAGAAUAAUUUCUAGUUUUGUUUUAGAAUUACAUUUAUGAGAUUAUUUUUUUUUCUAACUUGAUUCAUUGUACAUUUAUGAGAUAAAAUGUUUUUUUUUGGGGGGGGGGGCACACCCAAUUUAAUUGAGCAUUAAUAAUAGCUUACCCUAAUAAUAGCACUUCAAAAUUAACACAAAUAAUUAAAGUUUAGGUUAAUGAUACACAAACUGUGUCAAUAAAACAAUAUAUUUUAAUCUUUACUUUUGAUUAGACAAACAUUUUUGGCUAGUGCCUUCCUGAGUGCAACAAAAAAACAUUAAUAUAAUUAUAAAUUAAAUUUACAUCUUAUGUGUAUAUCCUUCCUAUACCUACAAAAUCAAAAAAGAUAAUAAGGAUGGGCACAAAUCCCUAACAAAAAAAUUCUUCUGAUCAUUGUUUCUGUUAAAAUAAAAACUUAACACUACCAAAGUUUAAUCUAUUUUAUAAUUUUGCUUAAUAAACUUAUGAUAUCAAUUUUUGUAUUUUUGUUUUUUAUGACUGUGAUUAAGUUUUCUUUCUUUAAACUGAUAGUUCAGUCAAAACGAUAAUAGCAGAUCACCCUCUGACAUCUGUCGAUAUGAUGCAUGAUGGGUCCACUGUUGUAGUGGGAACAACAAGAGGGACAAUUUUUUUCUAUGACAUGAGGCAGGAAUCCACUCCAGUGUUUAGCUUAAAUGCUCAUAAAUCAUCUGUCAGACGUUUAAGCUUUUUCAAAAAGGCAAGUUUGAGUCUUUUUUUUUUUUCCCCUUCACUUUAGUCCUUUUAAGGUUAUAUUUUAUUAUUCAUUAAUGUAUUGCAUUUAUAAGUGAUAAGUUAUUCUCAAUAAAAUCUGAGAUUCUUUAUCAGCUACAUGGUAAAUUUUACUUAUUUCUAUCAGAUGUUUUUCUUUUCUUUCAGGAGAAUCAAACGCACGCAUCACAAUCCUCUCAGAACUUGAGUAGAAAACUUCCAACAAUUCCAGCAACUUUUUCAGAAACCCAUAAUCAAAACACAAAUAACAGGAGUAAGUUGUCAUAUUAAAUCUUAGUCACAAAGCAAGUCAUAAAAAGAUAGUACACUGCAUGGGAAAACUUGAUAACAACACAAUCAAACGGCAAACACUUAAAUAAAAGCAGCGUCAAUGGCACUUUAGAUUAAAUUUGUCCUCUACUGCUAUUGUUUCCUCUAAAGAAAAAAAUGUGAACACAGAAUCUGUCCCCUUUGUUCUCUUUACAUCCGAUCAAUUAUUUUUUCUUUUUAAUUAUCUAUAAAUUCUUAACUUUAUUUUCAUUUCUCUACAACUCCGACUUAGUGCCAGUCCAUUACUCCUUGCUAUUAGCCAAGUUUUUAAAAAAUUCAUUUUAUCUUUAUUCCAAUAACAAACUUAAAUAACUGGCCUUUUUAUAUUCGUAUUUUUCAAAGCUUACAUGUCAUCCCCGAGAAGCACAAUGCCCGUAACAGGUCUCGAAAUUUUCUCACCACUUGGUGAAGGUAAGAAAUAAAAAAAUAUUUUAAUUAGAAAUUGUGUCUAAUAGAAAUAUAGUCUUCUUUGGUCUAAAGGAGUUAUCUGGUUUUGAUUCAAAUAAUGAGUUAUGUAAUCAAUGAUUUCAUUGUACAUUCAAAUGGGUAGACAGCAUUUGAUUGUGAACUUUCCCUACGUAAGAAGAUACUAAAAUGUCCUGAAAAGGAAUUCUAAGCCAUAUAAUUAAGUUUUGGAUUUUUCUUUUAUGUAUGGCUCCUUUCCAAUUAUUGGAUGAAUAGAAAAGGAAAAGCAGAUAAAAAAAAAACAAUGAAUAUUUUCAUCUUACUAAACAUGUUACUCUAUAAAUUUUGGUUGCUUGUAAAAAUUCAUGUAUAUCAUUGAAAUACCAUUCGUUUUUAAUUUAAAAAUGAACUUCAUAUUUUUAGGCACUUUUAGCUCAUGUGCUUGUGUGUAUUGAUUACUCAAACAGUAUAUAAAGAUCACACAAACAGUCUAUAAAGAUUACGCGACCAUUCUAUUACGAUUAAUGUCAAACAUGGAGAUGAAGUUUAGCUUUAUAAACAGAAAUCAAAUAAGUCACACCAAUGGUACAUAGUCCGUCUGAGAUGAUUUUUAACUUGUUCAUUUAAACGUAUCCUUGGUAUUUGACGAAUCUAAAUGUAUUGAUAUUGUUUCUAACAAUUCAUUUGAAAGGAAACAAAAGUACCAGCUCUGUAACAGACAAGACGGGCAGUGAGCGCUCAUGGAUGAUGAACAAAUCUCUGCUUGCAGGGGACAUAACCACAGGUCAGCUUAUUACUACUUUGACCAUUUUAAUUUUACCAAUUAUUUAUUUUUCAUCUGAAAGAGUGGACUAGUUUCUGUAAUUGUUUUCUUGUUUGUUUUCAUCAGGUGAUAGCAUUUUCUCCCCUAUAAGGAAUACCUCUCACAGUGUUGACAGUAUGCAUGGAACUAGUUCAUUUUUAGACAAUUCAAUUUUUGCACAGGUAACUUUAUUGAUUAAAUGAUUUGUUUUUCAUUGUUUUAAUCAGCUUUGUAAUCUUUUCAAUUGAUCUUCCAUUUCUUUUUAAACAAAUAUUUUUUUACCUCUAAUCGCCAUCAUUGCUUCCAUCAAAACUUACAGAUUUACAUUUUUUUGUGAGCUUUUAAAACUUAUUAAUUUAAGUCAGUUAAUUUAUAUAGAAAAUGGAAGCAUAUACCAGUUUCCAUCAUUGUUAAGUCUCAUUUACUUAGACAUUGUCUACUAUACUAUAAGUAGACAACUCUAAAAAUGCCUUCAUUGCAGCAGAUAUUUAUUAAUAAAUAGUUCCAAUUUUAAUUUUAAAACAAUAAUUCAUUUAUCUGUGAAAAGAAUUUUGUUAAAAAUAACAGGCUUUGGAUACUUCAGUAUUAUAAUGAAAACAUCAAAUAUAGUUUGCUAAACUAAUAUGCCGGCUUUUGAUUCCAAUAAGGUUCUUGGUUCAGCUGAAACGUCUCACAGUGAUCAACCUCAUGUCCCAAGUGUCAUACCUAAUCAUGUUCACGACACAUAUAAUGCUGGUCUGCAUCCCAUUCUUCCAGGUAAGUUAUCAUGUUCAUUUCAUUGUAAUUACAGUCAUUUUGUACAGGAUAUCUUCAGAUUAUUGACUCUAUGUUCCAAUACAGGAUUUAUGGGAUCUAUUGCUGCCAUAGCUAUUAGUCAUUCACACCUAAUUUGUUGUUUAAAUUUCCAUUUUCCACACACAUAAAGCAUAUAAAAUACAUUUUCAAUAUCACAUACUAUACAGUGUUCCACAUAUAUCCCAUAGGCGGUAUGACAUUGACAUAAUGAAAACUCCUGCGAUGUGGAACGCAUGAAGAGCACAGUGAAACACACAAAAACACUGCUGGUCAUUCAUUGCAUCCUGGUCUCUUUCCAGUCCCCAUCUGGACUAAGUUUUGCCAUUGGAUCAAAUAGGCGACGGCGAGAGAGUGAGGCUGGUGAAUUUAGCAACACUCCUUGAAUUAAACAAAAUACAGCUCAAGUCAAGGCGUCUAAUCAUGUUGAAUAUGGCCUUAGUCAUCUUCGCAUGCCAAGGAAAAACAAUAAUAAUAAUACAUGUCGGCUAUGACCACCUUAAUCAUCGUAUAAGCUAAUUGUGUGCUUGGAUGUGGGUGCACAAAUGGGGGAUGAGGCCGAUUCUGUGCGGUAAGAGUAGGGGAUUGAUGGCUCAUCUCCAGGUGCAGAGUUAACCCAGCCUUUUCUGGCAUGUCUUUUCUUCACUGCAUCCGCUGUUCUGUUGGCUUCAUGUUGUAUGGAGCCUUUGUGUACAUCCGCUGUUCUGUUGGCUUCAUGUUGUAUGGAGCCUUUGUGUACAUCCACUGUUCUGUUGGCUUCAUGUUGUAUGGAGCCUUUGUGUACAAAGGAAUGCCAUGAUGUUACAUACAUAUAAAAUGAUAUAUACAUAUAAAAUGUAACACACAUUUACCAUGUAGCCCAUAUUCAUAUCAAUAAAAUAAAAAUCAAUAGGACAGAAAAGUUCCUCAAGGAAAUUAAAAAUGAUACCAGCACCAUUUAGUUAUAUUUUACAUGUCUACAUGUAGCAAGUAAUUACAAGUACUCCCUGAAGAUUAUAUUUUUAUAUUUGUUCUGUUUUCAAGUUAAAUUUUUAAAAUUUUUAGCCCCUAUGUCAUCAUCCCCUCACGCAAUGACACCGCCUCGGGGAAAUCAUAUACAACAUCUUGACAAAACAUCGCCAAGUAACUUGAAUCCGCAGGCCCUCAGCAAGAUUUCACCAGGGCUGGAAAAAGUAUCACCUUCCCGCCAGAAGCUUUCACCUCAUAUACAAAGAGCACAAAGGUUAACUUACGAAGAUGAUCUAUCUGUUGAUCAAAAUUUGAGUGCAACUAAUGGAACAACAGAAAGUGGAGUAAGGUAUGGCCAUAGGCGAGAAUUUGUAUCUGUUAAAAUAAUUUCUUAAAAUAUCAAAAAAAUUCUGGUUAUGAUUGUUAACAAUUUAUUCUAAGUUGUACCAAGACAGUUUUACAGUAAUAAAAAAUGUAAUGAUGCUGUUGUCAUCCAAGGGAUGCUGUUGUAAUCUGAGUUGUACAAAUUUAAUAAAUAUCUGGAAUGUCAAUUUUGUCAAUGAAUUUUAUAUUGGUUAUUAAAGGUGUGUUGUUUUUUCCACUUGAGUUUCUUAUUGUCAUAGAUUGAAUUUUAUGGCCUAUAAUUUUUUACAUUUUCAUAAAUAAUGCAGAAUAUUUUAAUUCUAACAAUAUACACCUCUUUGUGCUUAGGUAUGACUCUCAGAAGUAUAGUGAAGGAGUUACGCUUAAGUCUGGUAAGAUUCAGUUCUAUAAUUUGUUUAAAAAAUAUAUUAGUUAUCCACUAUGUCAGUGGUUCUCAACCUUUCUACUGCCGCGACCCUUUAAUACAGUUCCUCAUGUUGUGGUGACCCCCAACCACAAAAUUAUUUUCGUUGAUACUUUAUAACUGGAGAGUAUAUGUGUUUUCAGGUGGUCUUAGGCGACCCCUGGGAAAGGGUCAUGCGACCCCCAAAAGGGGUCGUGACCCACAGGUUGAGAAACGCUGCACUAUGUAAAGCUGUAUUUUAGUUAUCCACUAUGUAAAGCUGCUCAUGUAUAGAAUGUAACUGAAACAUAAUUUUGCAUGUGUGGCCCUUUGGUGUUUGCACAGGAAAUAUUAGAUAGACUACUUAAUAAAGUCUCAAACAUGAAUGCCUAAAAAAUUUAAAAUAUUAAAGAUUAAAAUUUAGCAUUCAAGUUAUUUCAUGAGGAGCAAACCCUGGGUGUCUGAGGUGAGCAAACCUGUUAGGGCAUUGUAAAUGUUGUCAAAUGUCCACAUAAUAAAAAAAAUGUAGGACAGUUUCAUGAUGUUCUAACAAUAAGAGAAACUUUAAAGUGGAGACGGAUGUAAUUCCCAAUUGAACUUUGAAGUCUUGAAAAAAUUUAGUGCAAAUUUGUUCUCUAACAAAAGAAUGGCAAGAACAAUAGCAGAAUAGCAGUUCCAUCAAAUUCAACAAUCGCUGUUAUUUUAACCAUCAACUUUUAUAAAUUUUCUGUUUUUACAUUGCUUAAAACCCUGCCAUUAUUUUAAUCAUUUUGUGUGGUAUCAGGCAUUCUUUAGUUCAACUCUUAUUUUAAAGCCCUCAACAGUUCAUCAGUGCAAAAACCAUUCCACCACUCUGCCUCGCCUGCCUCAGAUCGCUUACUGCAGAACUCUUCAGCAGAAACGACUACAUCAUCAUUGAGACACCUCGUUCAUGGUCUACUGAAUGAGCAGUUUCAGGAACAUCAUGAGCACCUCAAGUCUGAGAUAAGACUCAUGCUGGGACAGUCAGGUGUUGCCAACCAGGUGAAUACUAGCGUUAUUUUUUUACAGUUGAGCCAGACUGCCAGAAACAGAAGCCUUUUACUUAGAGUUGCCCAUGUCAACCAGAAAAAGAACCCUUUUUAUUUAGAGUUGACGAAUUUGACCCGGGCUACCAGAAGCCUUUUAUUUCUCCAGUAAUUAUUUUAAUGUUUUAUCUCCUGAAUUUUAGUUUUAGAAAUGUUUACAAAAAAUGAAGUUCAUCCAAAGGCCUUCAUUCUUCAGUUCAACAAUUUGGCUUCCCAUGCCCCUCACAAGAAGAAGCAAAUAAACCAAACAAAGUUGGGGAAAACCAGAAAAAAGGGUCGCAUAAAACAAGAAGAAAUUUAAUAUUUUAAAUUCAUGGAAUUAAAAUUUUAGAUUAAAUUUAAAUAAAUUUUUUAAAGAAAUGAACUUUAAAAAAUGAGUGAAAAAUAAUCAUCCAUUUGAAAAUGAGUGGUAAAACCUGGCUUAUCAUACUGCAUGCAUGAAUUAAUAUUAAUAAAUAGAAAACGGUUUAAACAAUAAUAAUGAAAAUUAUUUUGUAAUUUUUUUUGUGUAAGAACUUUAAGUAAGUAAAUAUAUUUACUGUAAAACCUCUGAAUGUUUAAUCUUUUUUUUUUUUUAGUUUUAUAAACUGAGACUCUCUGUUGCACAACAAGAUUUUUUACAUGUCAAAAUAUUGGGAUUCCAUGUUUUUACUGUGCUAGUUUGCCUACUUAUUCAAGUACAAUUGUAAAAAAUUAAUUUUUAUAAUGUUUUAUCACAUAAUUUUUUUUCACUAAAUCAUUUUUUUUGUGAACAUUUGUCCAGGCGUUUCCUCCCCCAGCACUGCAGGCAAACACAGGGUCGGUGUCGCACCAAAUCAACCCUGAGAUUUAUCACGCUGAAUUUAUCAGAAAUCUAAUCAGAGAAGAGUUGGACGACAUGAAGGAUUUCAUUCACAAAGAGUUUUGGUGUGUUCAGGUCGAGGUCAUCAAACAAGCCUUUCACCUGCAAGUAGGUUUGGAUGUUACCAGCUUUCUAUUAUUAUAUAUUAUAUUAUAUUACAUUUACAUAUUAUAUUUUGAAACAAUUUCUAUAGAGGUAUACCCCAUAGGCCCCAUCGAGCCCCUAAGAUUCCUGGAGCACAGGUUGGGAAACUGCUACAGUUAAAAGAUAUAUCUGAAGCAUACUUCAAAAUUGGUUCAAGACAUCGGUAGUUGAUGCUAGCAGCGGGUGGCUGGUAGUUGAUGCUGGCAGCGGGUGGCUGUGACCAUGUUGAUGGUUGUGAACUUGUGAAAAUGUUGGGAUGUUCAAGUUCAUUUAAUAUAAUUGAAAGGUUAUUCUUGAUAUAAUUUUAUUUUUUGAGGGGUUGUAAUUUUUAAAAUUUUAUUCCUUUUCUGGUAGCAACAAAUGAUGGCUGGUUUUGCAGAGUGUUCCAUUAACCCAAUACUGCUGGAUGAGAUUGAGAGGCUUAGAGAGGAAAAUGCAAGAUUAAAGAAGACAUUUUAAAACACUUGCAUUUCAGCUUUGCAUUUAUACAGGUGAUAUGUUGAGUGUGAAAGAAACAUAGUGUUCUGCUGAUAUGUUGUUUGUGAAAGAAACAAAGUGUUCUGUUUAAAGACAUCUUCCUUGGCUCUGGCUACAUAAACACCUGAAAUAAAUGUUGGUGUCGGCAAGUAGCCACCUAGUCAUGCUACUUGGAGGAUAAACAUUUUAAAAGGAGCACCGAGCCAGAAUCGAGCGUGCCAAAUAAAGUCAUUUAAAGGCCUUACAAAAUGUUAUUACAAUAACAUGAUGAUUAUAAUGGCAGAUCUACAAUGUGGCAAUUUUUUUUUUUUCAAUUCUAUUGAUAGAAUGUCUUUUUUUGUUGGGUGAUUUCAAGAUUAAGAUGAGAGAAUCACUUUUUUAACCCUUUUGUCUCUGUUUCCUCCAACGACCAAACCAUUUCUGAUAGUUUGCUAUCAGGAUUACAGUAAUUGUUUGUCAAUUCAGGGCUCAUAUUUUAAGAUUGCAUGUAACUGUGUAUUCUUAUACUGAGCCUGUCGCGCGCGUACUGUAUGACAAACAAACUUAAGCACAGAACAAUGUUUUAGAAUAUGCUCAUGAAGGUCAUAACAGGCCAAGGUCCUGGAUUUUUGUCUACGUUUUACAAAAUUAUUUUCCUACAGAAUAUAUUUGCAUAUGUAUGUAUACAUAUAUCCCUUCACACCAUUUAGAUACAUAGUAUAGACAUAAUGAUGAGGGGGUGGGGGGGGGUGUUUAAUUUGAACAUUCUCAUGGGAAAUGUUAGACAAGGCAGAGGGAAACUUAACACUUUUUUUUAGGUGCUAAGGUGGGGGAGGCCUGGGGCAAAAAAGGUUUGGAAACUGAUUGAAAUGUUUGCCUCUGUAUUGGGGCCUCUAACUACAAUGGCAAUGUUGCUUAUGUAGUGAGUUUGCCUCUGUAUUGGGGCCUCUAACUACAAUGGCAAUGUUGCUUAUGUAGUAGGUUUGCCUCUGUAUUGGGGCCUCUAACUACAAUGGCAAUGUUGCUUAUGUAGUGAGUUUGC